CUGGCAUCUGCAAGUGUUCGCUUUGGAAAUUUCGCAACACCAAAGCGAAACGCUUCACCUCACUCCUCCCCUCGGUUUUCUCUUAAUUCAGUUGGAGAAUUUCAAGCCGACAUCUAUCCAUCUUUAUCAUCUCAAUUUCACAUCUUAAUCACUUUUGUAAUGGCCGGGGGUUCUGGCUCUUCUACCUCUAAUCAUCAUUCUUCAAGUUUAUGGCUCUCUUCAAACCCUAGCAAGAGAUGGGGUGAACUCUUUUUUCUUUCCUAUACUCCUUUUUGGCUCACUCUUUGCUUGGGAAUUGUCAUUCCUUUCAAACUCUACGAGAGGUUUACGGAAUUGGAAUAUCUGCUUCUUGGAUUGUUAGCAGCACUUCCUGCCUUCUUGAUACCGGUGGUGUGGCCUGGAGAGGCUGACCGUGGUUUGCCUUGGAAAGAUCGAUAUUGGGUAAAGGCUAGUCUUUGGAUAGUAAUCUUCAGCUACGUUGGAAAUUACUUUUGGACACACUACUUUUUCACUGUUUUGGGGGCAUCUUAUACUUUUCCAUCAUGGAGGAUGAAUGAUGUACCACACACGACCUUUCUUCUUACGCAUGUAUGCUUUCUAUUCUAUCACGUCGCAUCUAAUAUGACUCUUCGGAGACUUCGCCAUUCUGUUGCCGACUUACCAGAGAAUAUUCAAUGGUUUACGCUGGUUGCAUGGAUUUUGGCACUCUCAUACUUCAUUGCAUACUUGGAGACUUUGGCCAUCUCCAAUUUCCCUUACUACCAAUUUGUGGAUCGAGCUUCAAUGUAUAAAGUUGGCUCUUUGUUUUAUGCCAUCUACUUCUUCGUCAGCUUCCCAAUGUUCUUGAGAAUUGAUGAGAAGCCUGGUGACCUUUGGGACUUACCAAGAGUGGCAGUCGAUUCUCUAGGAGCAGCAAUGUUGGUAACAAUCUUACUUGAUCUAUGGCGCAUCUUCCUUGGUCCUAUUGUACCACUUCCGAAUAAGCAAUGUGAUCAACCAGGGCUGCCAUGGUUUCUAGGACAAGCCAAGUGAAACUUCAGGAACUGCUUUGCUGUUAGUGUUAAAUGUGAUCUUGUGUUGUAUCGUAGUUAUUAUGGUAGUUUUAGCUCUGUUUGUGAACACUCUUAGACUUCAAAUUGUAUUAGAUACUAUUAAUGAUUAAUCAUCCUUCCAUCUCAUUUUCA